CUCAUGACCUAAGCGAAAGUCGGACGCUUAACCGACUAAGCCACCCAGGCGCCCCAAGAAUUACUAAAUUCUAGCAUACUGUCCCCAUCUGUUGUGCUACCUAAUCCUGAUUCUGUUUUCACUUAACAGAAAAGCUCUAACUCUUUAGUAAAGGCUGUCUUUAUAAAAACCAUGGGCAAACCAGAACUACAGCCUGGACGUGAAAGCAAAAAAAAACUUUAUUUUAACAACAUGGUGCUUUUCUAGAUAAUAAAGGUAGUCUAUUUCUCAAAGACAUUUUGCAGAAAAAAAUAAACCUCUAAAUUUCAAUCCUUACAGAGAAGCAGUUAACAUUUUGGAAACCUUUUAAGGUAACCACUCUGCCACCUCAUUUUCAAGAGCAGAUGUUUUUGCUUCUGUUUACUAAGCCAAGGAGCAAGACAGAAUUAUCCUGCUUCUGUGGCUGGUGCUCUGAUGGGAAUAGCGACAAACCUUUGCUCACAUCUUGAGAGCCAGCAACAUGCCCCAGAAAUGAGAGCCAGACGUUAAGGAGCUUCUAAAUGUCAUCUGAAGGAAGGUCCUGGCUAUGGCCGAAUAAGAAAUAAUGUCCUUGGACCUCUGGGCUCUUUGUUUUCCUGCCCUAGGAUCGAAGUUCCUUUCCACACCUGAAUAAUUUGAAGACCUUUCCAAAGGGAAAUAGUGUUUUCCAACCAAAGCGGUUCUUUCCUCAAAUUUACAGGGAACAAACUGAGUCUGUUCACUUUCUUCUUUAGGCAAACAAUUUACAUUUUAUUAUGAAAAUGAGGUCUGCAAACAAGAUUACUUUAUUAAAUCACCACCUCCUCAGCUUUUCUUCUCGGCUGUAAGUAUGCACCAUGAUCUAACGGGCCUCGCACUAGCUUCAUGAGCGUUUUAAAAAUCCUUUCUCUUCCUUGGAGAUUUAACUAAGAUGCAAAAUGUUUUCAUUUUUCAGUCUUCUUGGAAAAAGCGGUUUUUCAUCCUGUCAAAGAGUGGGGGAAGGAGCCUUCAUCUCUCCUAUUACAAAGACCAACAUCAGCGAGGUGCCAUUGAAAUUGACCGCUCCAGUGUAGAAGUUGGCAUAAGUAGCCGUGAAAAAAUGCAAUCUGUACAUAAGAUGUUUAAAUGCCACCCUGACGAGGUGAUGUCCAUCAGAACCAUUAACAGGGAAUAUUUCCUCAUUGGCCAUGACAGGGAGAAGAUUAAAGACUGGGUCUCCUUCAUGACAUCAUUUUGCUGGGAUGUCAAAGCAACACACCGGAAUACAGAGCAAGAGAAACUCUCACUGGGUGGUAAAAGGCCUUCUUCAGACCCCAAUCCUCUCCUUCGUCCUUCCUGCGCAUCGGAGGCUGUCAACCCCACCACACCAAGAAAUAGUCUUCCAGACAUGCAUUUAAUGGAAAAAAAUUCUCCAGAACUCAAACAAGCUCAUCUGCCACAUGAUUUCUUGUCAGAGACUACUGAAGAUCCAGAAGAAGAGAGCCAUUAUAUUAGUCCUCGAAGUAUUCUUUUAGAGUUGGAUACUUCUAUUGCUUCCAAUGAUCCUGGUGAAUUGGCUGACCCUGGUAGUCCAGAACAGCUUUCGGAGAGAACUGACUGUCAUUACAUGCCAAUGAGAUCCUGUUUUUUCAGAGAGACGUCCCAAAAGUCUGCCGAUAGCAAAGAGGGAUCGCAGGCUCUUCCAGAGAUCCAGAACGGGGAGCUUCACUUGCAAGAACAAGUCUCCCAAAGUGACUCCUGUCUUCCACCUGCCAAUACGGAAGCACAGACCAUGAAUAAUGAAAAGGGGUUGGCCUCGCUUACUAUUGUGCAAUUAUCUAUACUAAUCAAUAACAUCCCUGAUGAAAGCCAAGUGGAGAGCCUGAAUGUGUUCCUUUCUUCUUCUGACAUCAUAAACUAUCUUAGUCUCAUAGAAGCCACAGGACGGAUAUGUGUGGCUCAGUGGCAAGGCCCCCCGCGCCUGGGAUGUUUAUUUUUUCAUGGAGAUCACAUUUUGGCCGUGAAUGACCUGAAGCCCCAGGGCCUGGAGGAGGUGUCCUUGUUUCUCAGCCGGUCUGUCCAGAAGAAGAAAAUAAAACUCACCAUCGGCCGGAUCCCAAAUUCAGAGAAAUUCCAUGCUGUAGCCUGUACGUGCCCCUUAAAAUAUGAAGGUGUUGUACCUUUUCAACUGGGUAAGUCUGGACUAGAGAAGAAAUUGAAGAGGAGUCCAGCCAUUAAAAAGGGCCAGGACAAAGGAACUAGAGAGUAACACGCCAGGACCCCCUGCUUAGAAGCAAGGAUGGGCCCUGGACUGAGUUGGGCCUAUGCCUCUUACCGCCGUGUGAGAUAACGCUAAUCAGCACACCUCUCUGAUUUUCUGCAUCUACAUCUUAACGGCGGGGAAAACUCUCAUCUCUGGCUAUUGCAUCAGGGAUGUUGAGAGGGUCGUGGGGGGUAGUGACUAUGGAACACAGAGAAAAUGUAAGGCCUGAUUAGCUCAGACUUUGUCCCAUGUACCACAGAGACUGGGUAAGUCCCUCAUCUGAAAUGUACUGUGCGUUCUCUGAGGUCAUGGUCCACACAAUCCCUUGUUGGGUAGGGAACACACAGUUAGGGAUGUUCAUUCCAGGAAGGCAAGAUUCCCAAGAGAUGUGGUACCAUAUUGGCCUUCCCAAACACCAUCUCCUAUUCAUCACCCCCACGGUCCAAAAUGCUGAGGCAGAGUGGCCUCUUGGCUUCAAGAAUCAUCUUGUUUUCUUAAAGACCCAGUAACUAUUCUAGAAGUUGAAGCAGUUUUAGGUCAUAUACAGCAAAGAUGUGUUUUCUCUACAAGUAAUCAGGCAACAACUUAACACUUCCACGUUUGAAAGGUCUUAACUAAUUGACACAUUAAUUAAUUGAUCCUGCAAGGCCAAAAACAUCACUUCUUUUUUCAUAAAUAGGAAAACAAAGGCAGAGAAAACAAAGUAUUCAUCAAAUCUGGGAAUGUUAGGGCAAGAGGAGGCAUCAGAAAAUACAUCUUACUAUGCUGUCAUUUUGUGCAGGAAGAUACCAAGGCGCCAAAUGCAUUAUACAAACAAAACAGAAACAGAUUUGUACAUACAGAGAACGAACUGGUGGUUGCCAGAGUGGAGGCGAUGGGAGGGGGCAGGCAAAGCAGGUGAGGGAGAUUAAGAGGUACAGACUUCCAGUUAUAAAAUAAGUCUUGGGAAUGAAAAGUAAAGCAUAG